UAGCAUCAGCGGGCCAUGGCUGGUCGGGGAGGUGCAGCACGACCCAAUGGACCAGCUGCUGGCAACAAGAUCUGUCAGUUUAAGUUGGUCCUCUUGGGGGAGUCUGCAGUGAGCAAAUCCAGCCUUGUUCUCCGCUUUGUCAAGGGACAAUUCCACGAGUAUCAGGAGAGCACAAUUGAAGCGGCUUUCCUCACACAGACUGUCUGCUUAGACGAUACAACGGUCAAGUUUGAGAUCUGGGACACAGCUGGACAGGAGCGAUAUCACAGCCUGGCCCCCAUGUACUAUCAGGGGGUCCAAGCAGCCAUCGUGGUCUAUGACAUCACCAACACAGAUAUAUUUGCACGGGCUAAGAACUGGGUGAAGGAGUUACAGAGGCAGGCCAGCCCCAACAUCGUCAUUGCACUGGCAAGUAACAAGGCAGACCUGGCUAGCUAGAGAGCCGUGGAGUUUCAGGAAGCACAAGCCUAUGCAGAUGACAACAGUUUGCUGUUCAUGGAGACAUCAGCGAAAACUGCAAUGAACGUGAAUGAAAUUUUCAUGGCAAUAGCUAAGAAGUUUCCCAAGAACGAGCCCCAGAAUGUAGCUGGUGCUCCAGGCCGGAACAGAGGUGUGGAUCUGCAGGAGAGCAGCCCAGCCAGCCGGAGCCAGUGCUGCAGCAACUGAGCCCCCUUGCCUGCCACUGCCCCCACUCCUCCACCAGAAUGACCCGACUGGAAUCCACUCUAACCAAUCGCACUUAACGACUGGUGCCACCACUGGGGGCAGGGGAGGAGUCCAUCAUCAAUUCUCUGCAUAACUUUGAUCCUAGGCCGAAGGGAGUUAUUCCACCUGCACCUUUCUGUACAAAUACUAAUUCAAUUUUAAGUCUUAAGUCACUUUUUUAAUAUAUAUGAUCUUCUGCUCUUCCCAGUCCCCUUUCUGCUGCUCUUCCUCUUGCCCUUUGCUGGUAGUAGCUACGCUCCUGAGCCCCUGGUCUGUGGGGACAGGGGUUGGAGCAGUUACCCUUUCUUUCCUUCUUGCUGGAGAGCAGACUCAGCAAGAGCACCCACAUCUUACCUUGCUGGGAGUGGUCUUGGUCCCAGGACAGUGGAUAGGCCCUGGGCUGGGGAAGGGACAGGCGGCGCUUCCCUCAGC